AUGCAGAAAAUCAUAGCAAUCGCUGAUAACCAGAAAAAGCAAGAGGCGGACUUUAAUAAGGCCUACGAACACAUGAAUGAAAAAUUGGAAGAAAAUACGAGGUCAGUGAUUGAGCAUAAGGAGUCCAUUGAUAAAUGUUUGAAGAUAGUAGAUGAAAUAAUAGCAGAAAACAAUAGAUUAUCACAUAAAGUUUCUGAGCUUGAGCGUAAGAUCGAAGACAUGGAGCAAUACUCGAGGCUGAACGCGGUCGAAAUCCAUGGAGUUCCUGAGAGCAAGAAUGAGGAUGUUGUGCAAGUGAUCAAGGAUGUCGGGAAAGGUUUGGAUAUGGAUAUAACUGACUCGAUGAUAGAUGCCUGUCAUCGACUGGGGAGACGAUCUGAACCUGGAAGUCCACCACCUGGUAUAAUAGUGAAGUUUGUUAGACGUCUAGACAAGGAGGAACUUCUGAAGAAACGUCGUGUGAAAUCCAACUUCUCGACCAGACACAUGAACUUGACAAUGGAUCAGCCUGUGUACCUGAACGAGUCCCUUUCACCUACAAGGCGGAGACUGUUCGCGGAGGCGAGGAAGGCAAAGAAGGACAAAGGAUACAGGUUCCUGUGGGUCCGCAACGGGAAGAUCCUCAUGCGCAAAGAAGAGAAGAGUCCAGUGAUUCAGGUGACCUGUCAGGCUGACAUAGCUAACCUGUAG